AUGAUAAAAUCAUUUAGGAAAAGUAAAAGAACGUCGAGUUCAUCAAGUUCACCAAAAAGAAAUAUAUCAAGAAUUUCAUCAACUUCAAAUAAUGAUGCAGAAAAUAUACUACAAUCACCUAAAAAAGUUAUAAAAGCAUUAUAUGAUUAUGAACCUCAAGGACCAGGAGAAUUAAAAUUUAAAGUUGGAGACUUUUUUCAUGUUUUAAAUAUAAGUGAUGAUCCAAAACAUAAAGAAGCAGAAGAAAAUGGUUGGUAUGAAGCAACUAAUCCAAUGACUCAUGCUAAAGGUAUGGUACCUAUAAAUUAUUUUGAAGUAUUUGAUAGAUCAAGACCCAAUGCUGCAACUAAUAAUCAAAUACAGAAUAAUCAUCAAAGUCAUCAUCAAUUACAAAAUCAACAAUAUUCAAAUAAUAAUAAUAAUACUAAUAAUAAUAACCAUCACCAUCACCAAAUACAACAACAACAACAACAGCGGACUUCUAAUCAAACAUUAUACGCAGUUACAUUAUACGAAUUCAAAGCAGAAAGAGAAGAUGAAUUAGAUGUAUCACCAGGAGAAAAUUUAAUAAUAUGUGCUCAUCAUGAUUAUGAAUGGUUCAUAGCAAAGCCAAUUAAUAGAUUAGGGGGACCAGGUUUAGUUCCAGUAGCAUAUGUGAAAAUAAUAGAUUUAAUGAACCCAAAUUCAGCAUCAUCAAAUUCAUCAAUUGCUUCAAUAGAUACAACAAAUAGAGAACAAGUUAUGAAAAUAAUAUCAGGUUUCAAAAUCCCUACAGUUGAACAAUGGAAAGAUCAAACUGCAAAAUAUCAAGCAUCAUCAAUAGCAUUAGGACAAAUAUCAAGAACCAAAACUCCACCAAUGUCAUCAACAUCACAAUUUUUCGAUGGUACAACAACAACAUCAAAUAGAUCAUCAUUGAUAUCAACUCAAAUUAUAGAAGCAAGUGUUGAUUCUUAUCAAUUAGAUCAUGGAAGAUAUCAAUACCUCAUAACUGCAAAAUUAUCAAAUGGGAAAAUAAGACAUUUAUAUAGAUAUUAUCAAGAUUUUUAUGAUUUACAAGUAAAAUUAUUAGAAUUGUUCCCUUAUGAAGCAGGUAAAAUAGAAAAUAGUAAAAGAACAAUUCCAUCAAUACCAGGUCCCCUUAUUAAUGUCAACGACUCAAUAUCGAAAUUAAGAAGAGAAAAAUUAGAUAUUUAUUUAUCACAAUUAAUAGCAUUACCAUCACAUAUAUCAAGAUCGGAAGAAGUUUUACAACUAUUUGAAAUUUUAAACAAUGGAUUUGAUAAAGAAAUUGAAUCAACCCGUAGAGUUUCAAAACCAAUAAGUCAAAAAUCAAAUUCUCAUCAAGAUAGAAUGUCACAAUAUUCAAAUUUUGGUAUACAACCAAGAAUAUCAGAUCCUUCAAAUUCAAAUGAAUCACAAACUCAAAGAUCAAGAGAAUCUUCAACUACGAGUUAUCACAACAAUAACAAUAACAAUAAUAUCAAUAACAAUAAUAAUAUCAACCAACAAAUUCCACCAACGUCAGCAUCAUCAUCUACAGACCUAGAAAAAUCACCAAAAGUAAAAGUAAAAUUCUAUUAUGAAGAUGAUAUUUUUGCAUUAUUACUUCCAUCAAAUUUAAGAUUACAAGAUCUAAAAACAAAAUUAUAUAAAAGAUUAGAAUUAGAUGAUUUACAACAACAUAAUUUUACAUCACCAAAAACAAUAAAUUCAAUUAAAUUAUUUUUAAAAAAUGAUUAUGAAGAUUUUUGUAAAGAAUUUAAAAUUGAUUCUAAUGUUGAAAAUUUAGAUUUUAUAACUUAUGGAAAUAAAUUAAUUGAAUUUGAAAUUGAUGAAGAUUCUAAAUUUCAUGAGAUUUUAUAUGAUAAAUGUAAAUUAAUUAUUGUUAUUGUUUAA